UAAAAACGACGUGCAUCGCAUGCCUUCAGCUGCCGCAUCAAAGCAAGUAAUCCCGGCCGGGCUAACUCACUCGACAGGCAGGAACAAUGGCAUCCCAGCCAACCGGCGACGCCGAGUCCCAGGCGCAAGCGCCUCUGCUCACGGCCAACGGCGGGGCCUCUGCUGCGGCACCGACGACGACCGUGCUCGGCAAGGCGCUGAGCAGCACGGCGGACCUCGCCAAGCACCUCCCCACGGGCGCCGUGCUGGCCUUCGAGGUGCUCUCGCCGUCCUUCACGGCCGGCGGCAGCUGCACCGCCGCCAACCGCGCGCUCACGGCCUGCCUCAUCGGCGCCUGCGCGCUCUGCUGCUUCCUGCUCUGCCUCACCGACAGCUACCGCGACGCCGCGACGGGCGCGGUGCGGUACGGCUUCGUCACUCCCAGCGGCCGCCUGCUCCCCAUCGAAGGGGCAACCUCGCCGCCGCCGCGGGACGAGAGGUACCGGCUGACCGCGCGCGACUUGAUGCACGGGCUGCUGUCGUUCGUGGUGUUCCUGGCCGUAGCCAUGGUGGACCGCAACGUGGUGGCGUGCUUCUACCCCGUUGAGUCCGCGUCCAUGAGGCAGCUGCUGGCGGCCGUGCCCAUGGCGGCCGGCGCCGCCGGGAGCUUCCUCUUCGCCAUGUUCCCGUCGACGAGGCAAGGGAUCGGAUUCCCCCUGGGGUCUUCUUUGUGAAUCGUCUCAGUGCAUUAGGCGUGGAGCACGCACGGAAUGGAUCAAGUUGCCAGCCCCAAGGGAUUGCUUGUUUGUGUGUUGCUGCCAUUUUCUUUGGUAUUGUCUGGCGGCUAAUAUUGUACAAUAAUAUUGGUAAUGAUCGUUAGAGCUGGCCCUUACGUUUUAUGCUUCAUUUACAAAUAUAGUAUUCAAAUUGUGCACAAUCUCUAGAAGAUGGUAUUCCAAAAUGUAAACCACUUAGGGCAAACCUAUGGUCUCUACUCUCUUGAAGAUCAAUCCGAAAUGUAAGUUCGACAUGGGGACU